GGGAGCUAAGAUGGACCGAAGGCGGCGGAGGUGAUGCCGCGCGCCACACGUGGGUUUCUUCUACUUCCCUCUAAUGCCCGCACCUAGUGCCAGGUCCAUGGAGCCCACGCGACACUACCCGCUGUUCGGGGGCGCCUUCUCCGCCAGUCUCCCUCCCGGAGCCCUUGACGUGAGCGACCUCCGACCGGUCCCGGACAAUCAGGAAGUUUUCUGCCACCGCCUGACGGACCAGAGCCUGGUCGUGGAACUUCUGGAGCUGCAGGCCCACGUGCAGGGCGAGGACGCUGCGCGGUACCACUUUGAGGACGUGGGCGGGGUGCAGGGGGCUAGGGCCAUGCAAGUGGACAGUGUGCAGCCCCUCCCUUUGGAGAACCUGGCUCUGAGGAGCUUCUGUCAAGAAGCCUGGGUCCUCUCUGGCAAGCAGCAGGUAGCAAAGGAUGUGACCGCACACCAGGCUUUGCUGCGGCUGCCCCGGUACCAGACUGAUCUCCUGCUCACCUUCAAUGAUCCCCCCCCUGACAAUAGGUUAUCUCUUGGCCCUGAAAAUCUGUCACUUCCGCCCUGGAGCCUGGGUGACUUUGAACAGCUGGUGACCAGUCUGACCCUGCACGACCCCAACAUCUUUGGUCCCCCGUAAAGAUGCUGAAACACUGCGUGAAGCUGCUCAAGUGCAUGGGGACCCCGUUCUUCAAGGGGAACCAAGGGUUGGAUAUAUGCCCCUAAUUCCUCCCCUGUGCAUAAACAUAAGACACCUCCUGUCUGCAGAAAUAAACUUGCUUUAUAACCAAGAUAAUAUCUCUGUGCCUUUGCAUCUAACAAGACAUCUGGGUCCCCCCAGUUCCCUUUGGUCGUGGAGUGGGGAGUUAAAAGUUUGUGCAUAGGAUCAGAAGGGACCCAAGGCGGUCCAGAUAAAAGGAGGGAAUACUUUGGAGUGACUGGUUCAGCCCUGAGGGGGUGUGUGUGUGUGUGUGUGUGAUGUGUCCAGGAGGACGGAUUAAAAGGGAAAGUUUAAGAGUGACACCCCAGGAAGGGAGGGAGAUUGUCCCUUGUAGUGAUUCAACCCUGAGAAAAUAGACGGGGAGUGGAGUUGGCUGUCCCCCUUGGAGGGACGAAAGGUCACCUGGUCAGAAGUCACCAGGGCAUGGGAGUGGAGGCAGAAGUGUCCAAGGAGUGCUGAGCCGGUGG